AGUCUUCCUUUGCGUCGCUUCAUUUUCGCACAAUGUUACUCUUCGUCACUAUUUCAAUUUGGCACAAACUUAACAUAAAGGAUCAACCACGAUGAACCUUGUCACUAACUAUUUCUUUUUCGUCGUCGCCAUUGGCGGCACUUUCACUGCCCCCCUUGCUUCUGCCCGUCCCUACCACUUUCUUCAGGAAGGGAACGACAACAUUGACUUUGGUGGCCCUUACGUUGAUGCUGCAGCAGCAACAACCGAUUCGAAUACUUACGAGGACCACCGCCUUCGCUACCAAUACCAUCUCUCACGAUCUGAUGCCAAAGAAUACGCCGCGUUCCUCCAAGAUGGGUCCUUUGAUUCCCCGCGCGAAGAAGCGCAAACSAUCCUCUGGCAAGAAAUGACAGCGAUCCACAUCACCACUGAUAAUGGCGGAUCGGAUUCGGAACAACCGAUUGAAUUCAAAGGAAUCGUCGUAGAAGAUCCCGUUCUCGACAUUGGCAAACUCGGGACAGUUGAGGAACAGAUCGGAUACGCUUGUAUCUAUUCGUUUUCCAAUGACGGCGGAGAAUGGUGCCAUUGCGCUUCUCUUCACUUCUCCGAGAUGGGACAGAAGCUGAAUCUGAGUUACUCCAAUAUUAGKGGAAGAGAAGGAGAUAAAUCGAGAUUCAUGGGUGUGAGUUUCGUUCGACUACAGCACUCUCAUGCCAUGCUUCGAGUUCGAGACCGUGGUUGAUUGUCGUUUCGCUUUUCUUCUUCUUGUUUGACACGGGAUUGCUUGGGAUUGCUAUGACCUCAUUAUUUUUCCAAUCUCUUUUUAAUUAUGAUUCCAGCAUUCUUACAAAAUCUUGGGGGGAUUCCAACUGUUUUUCAACGCGGCCAAAAAGUUGCGAAACGACUCCAUCCACCAUCUCGGUUACCAUUCGUCAACAAAGACUGCGCCAAACAACCCAAAGAUGUCCUUCGUCUUGAACGAAAUAGAUGGCUCAAACGAGAAAGAUGAGGUAUCUACUACCGCACAUCUUACUGUURCCCUUAACCUCAAGGAUGGUGGCAAUAUGAGUUGUUAUCGAUCCAUAGGUCCCAGGAGCGGCACUACUCACCCGAUCACCGUAGUGAGAAAAGGUGAUGAUGAAAUCCUUGGCGACAGCUAUGUGCAUUCAAGAAGACUUGUUUCUAUUAGUGACUAUGGGAACUUCGCAACAGCCAAGCCRCAAAGAAAUCUAUCGAUGAGCACAACRACUUGCGCAGACAGUGUCUCGUUUCGAUUUGGCGAAAAGAACAGGAGCUGUGAUUGGAUGCGGAAGCUGACAACCAAGAAGAGGGAGAAAUUGUGCAAGAAGCGAAAACAUGCAAAUAAGAUAUCUUUUUGGUGCCGAGCGACGUGUGCAACGGUCGAUUUGGGUYCGUGCUUUAAUGAAGAGACCCGAGAGCAACCGUACAACGCGCCCACGCUUUCACCUAGUGCAGUUGCCACAUCCGUGACAUCUUCUGAGCUCUCGGGGGAGUCAUCUAUUUUGUCGAGCAAAUUUGCAAGCGAAUCGACGACUUCAGUCCCCAAUGCAUGGCCUACUCAGCUUCGAACGCGAACUCCAAYAGUGAUUGACUCAAAGGCACCAAACCUUCUCCGCGUCCCACUGCUCACGAUUCGCCCAAGCAAGUCACCAACUAAAUCCCCGACCGUUUUCCCAACCAAUCAUCCAACAAAUUACCCUACUUUUAAACCCUCCAUAUCACCAACGUGCGGGSCAUCGAAAUCUCCGACCACAUCCCCAACUGCAAAUUUGAUGCCCAUUAUUUCAGAGGAUAACCCCACCACUACUCAUAAAACGAAGUCAAGAAAAUCCAAAAGUUUGAAGAGCGGCUUCUCAACAAAGAACGUCAAAGCUCGGAGAGGUGGUUCCCACAAAGGAGGAAAAAAGAUGAAGAGUGGCGCAAAGCCUCGUAGCAUCGCGCCGAAAAGCAAAAAAAGCACAAAAAACGAGAAGUCGUCCAAAAAGGCGGGAAGAUUGUAGCUCGAGGCGUUGUUCGCUGUGCUUAUCAGUUCUGACUCUUCCAUAGUAUAAUGCUUUGGAGUAUUGAUGCCAUUCAUAAUAACAUUGGUGACUUCAAUCUUCUGGAACGACUUCAUAUAUUCAUAUAUCAUGAAUAGUUUGCAUCGACAUCGGAAUUCCUCGAAUAGAUUAUAAUCGUAAGU